GUCGCCAUUUAGCGCGGAGGCGUCGCCGGGCGGCCGCGGCGGCAGCGCUCGGUCCUGCCCGCCGGGCGCCACCCGGACUCGGCUCGGCGGCGGCCCCGGUGAGCGGCAGCUGUGGGCCGCGAGCAGCAGGAGCAGCGGCAGUAGCGGGAGAAGAAGAAGGAGAAGGAGGAGGGUUUCCGGCUCCGCGCGAGGCGGCCGCGGCUGUUGGAGAGAGCGCGGCCCGGCCGCGCGGGCGGUGGCUGCGCCUGCCGGGCGGUGGAGAGGCCGCGGCCGCCAUGGGCGCCCCGGUGAGGCGGGGUUGAGCCCCCGGGACCCCUUUCCCUGCCCUGGGCCUGCCCGGGCCUCUGCCGCUCGGAGCGAGUGACUGAGCGCGGCGGCUUUCUUGGUGUGCGGGCCUGCGCCCCGCUCCCUCCUCGCCUCCCGGCCCCUUUCCCUCCCCUCCCUGCACCCGGGCCGGCCCCGCUCGCUCUCCAUCGCCGGGGGUAACUGCAGCCGGGCGAGGCACCGCUUGGUGUUCCCGCGGCGUCUCCCCGCUCGGGGGCCUCCCGGUGCUCGGGCUUUCCCUUCCCUCGCCGCCCCCACUCCAUCCCGGCGCCCCGUGUCCGCUCCCGGUGCUCCAUGUCGGCCCCGCUGCCCGGCUCCCCGCUGCAGGAUGGAUGCAGACGCUGACCGGGGAUCCACCCCGCCGGCCCAGCCUCCCAGCUCCGCCGCGAGGAGCCCUUGGGACCCUCCUCUGUUGCAGCUGCAACGGCAGCCGCGGCCGGGCGCGCUCCCCGCUCAGUGACCGGCCCUUCGCUCGCCUCCCGCCGCCGCCUCGCCACAGCCGCGCUCCCCCGGGGCACCAUGUCGGGGGACGCCGCAGGCAGCGGCCCCCCGGGCCCGCGCUUCCUGGUGCCACCGCCGCCGCCGCCCAAGAACGGUUCCAGCUCGGACAGCUCCGUCGGAGACAAGCUGGGAGCCGCCGAGCACGGAGCCGCCGGCGCCGGUGGAGCGGGCGGCGGACCGGGGAACGGAGGCCGCAGUGAGGAGUACCGGCGCCGCCGCCACACCAUGGACAAGGACAGCCGAGGGGCGGCAGCCACCGAGCACCGCUUUUUCCGCCGGAGCGUGAUCUGCGACUCCAACGCCACGGCCUUGGAGCUGCCCAGCUUGCAGCCCGCAGCGCCCUCGGCCCCUGUCUCGGGAGGCAGCGCGGCGCCCUUGGUGUUCUCUCCCGAGGGUGCCGGCCGGACCCCUUACACCCCUGUCACCGUCGCCGAGGCCUACUCGCUGCCGCCGCCGCCYGCCCCGCUCCCUCUGGAAGGACAGUCUGCUGAGGAGCCCCCAGCCGCCAAGGAUGCCGCCCCGCUGCUGCCCAAGGAGGAGGAGGAGGGGGACGAGGCAACUGCGCUACCCCCUACCAGUGCCGCUGGCAGCCUGUCAGCUGCYAGCCGGGAAUUUGAGGAGCGGAGAACACAGCAGGAAGACAUCGAAGAGCUUGAGACCAAGGCAGUGGGCAUCUCCCCGGAUGGCCGCUUCCUGAAGUUUGACAUCGAGAUUGGAAGAGGCUCUUUCAAAACUGUAUAUAAAGGACUGGAUACUGAAACCACUGUGGAAGUUGCCUGGUGUGAGCUACAGGAUCGGAAGCUGUCCAAAUCAGAGCGACAGAGAUUUAAAGAGGAAGCUGGGAUGUUGAAAGGGCUUCAGCAUCCCAAUAUUGUCAGGUUCUAUGAUUCCUGGGAGUCUACAGUCAAAGGAAAAAAGUGUAUUGUUCUUGUGACGGAACUCAUGACAUCUGGAACAUUAAAAACGUAUUUGAAAAGAUUUAAAGUGAUGAAAAUUAAAGUACUACGAAGCUGGUGCCGUCAGAUACUGAAAGGCUUACAAUUUCUACACACACGCACUCCUCCCAUUAUUCAUAGAGACUUAAAAUGUGAUAACAUCUUCAUUACKGGCCCCACUGGAUCAGUCAAGAUUGGAGACCUUGGUCUGGCAACCCUGAAACGAGCUUCUUUUGCCAAAAGUGUGAUAGGUACCCCAGAGUUCAUGGCCCCCGAGAUGUAUGAGGAGAAAUAUGAUGAAUCCGUUGAUGUUUAUGCUUUUGGGAUGUGCAUGCUAGAGAUGGCCACGUCUGAAUAUCCUUAUUCCGAGUGCCAAAAUGCUGCGCAGAUCUACCGUCGAGUGACCAGUGGUGUCAAGCCAGCCAGCUUCGAUAAAGUAGCAAUCCCUGAAGUGAAGGAGAUUAUUGAGGGAUGCAUUCGGCAAAACAAAGGUGAAAGAUAUGCUAUUAAGGACCUUUUGAAUCAUGCUUUCUUCCAAGAAGAGACUGGAGUACGGGUAGAACUUGCAGAGGAAGAUGAUGGAGAAAAAAUUGCCAUUAAACUCUGGCUGCGAAUUGARGACAUCAAAAAACUCAAGGGCAAAUAUAAAGAUAAUGAAGCAAUAGAGUUUUCAUUUGAUUUGGAAAGAGAUGUCCCAGAGGAUGUAGCCCAGGAAAUGGUGGAAUCUGGCUAUGUCUGUGAAGGGGAUCACAAGACAAUGGCGAAGGCUAUCAAGGACAGGGUAUCUUUGAUUAAGCGCAAGCGAGAGCAGCGCCAGUYGGUGCAAGAAGAACAGGAGAACAUACUUCAGGAAGAAGGUAGUCAGAAGCAGCAGCUGGAGCAACAGCAGCCAUCAAGUGCUUCCCAUGCAGGGUCAAAGCAUCCCCAGUCUGUCACUGGUACUGCUCCUGUCCCCACUGCUUCAGCAUCGGUUUCUACGCAAGUGGAGCCUGAAGAACCAGAAGCUGAUCAACACCAACAGCUGCAGUUCCAGCAACCCAGUAUAUCUGUUCUUUCUGAUGGGACAGUUGACAGCGGCCAGGGGUCAUCUGUGUACACUGAAUCUGUGAGCAGUCAGCAGACUGCSUCCUAUGGUUCCCAGCAUGACCAGUCAGUCUCAAACACUGGAGUCCAGGGAUACACAGCUUCAGUUGGCCAAGUGCAGUCCCAGCAGCAUGGAGGAUAUCAGCCACCUGCAGCGCCUCAGCAUCCUCGUGGGGGAACACCACCGUUCCCAGAUUCACAGAUAUUUUUCCCAACCGUUCAUGAACGGCCGGUGUCUUUCUCACCACCACCUGUCUGCCCUCCGAAGGUGGCAAUUGCUCAGCGGCGCAAGAGCACUUCAUUUUUGGAAGCCCAUACUUGCCACUUCCAGCCAUUGCUGAAGACUGGCCACAGUUUAGUUCCACCUGGUGGUAGUCCCACUAAUUGGACUCCAGAGGCAUUUGUUAUGCUGGGCACAGCAGCUCAGAGAGUCGCUGGGGAGCCUCUGCAUGUGCAAGUUAAUCCYGUGUUUGAGCAAGCUCCUGUGCACAAUGACUAUAGAUCUGGACCAACACCUCCAGAGGAUGCUCACUACAGAAUGCAUCCAGAAGCUGUGUAUUUGGUGGGCAUGCACUAUCCAUCACAGGUAUCGGAGCAGUAUGAUCAAGUAGCUUAUAACUCUCACGUGACUGAACAGCAUUUGAAGCAGGUCUCURAGUCAAACCAUGGGCAAGGUGGUCCUCCACAAAGCUCUGUGUUCGACUUUCAAUCGGGGCAAACAUACCUGGCAAGACACGUUCAGAACCUGAGGCUGGAUUCUGGGAUGGGUCCCCUUUCUCCAUUAUCCAGUGUUUCAGCUCCUCUGAGUGCAGACCCAGCUCAGAUGAUGUUCCACCAGGUAUUUGUUCCGCACUCUGCCCCGGCUGUGCUCUCUCACAGCGGUGAUGGCAGAGCGAGCUGUGUCUUUGAGUUCCAUGUGCACACCCAGAGCUCUGCUGCGGCAGAAGGGGCAGCUUUACCCCCGCGGGUCUACAGAAGUCGCCGGGGCUCUAUGGAGACCAGCCAAGAGGAGUCCAGCCAAGGCGUAGGGUCGCAUGGUCGGCUUCAGCCUGUGACAGAGGAGCAGUGUAACUAUCUUGGUGCUGGGUUAGCGGGUCCCAGAGGGGGCUCAGCCAGGCACAGCUGGCCAGAAGGAAGCCCAGAAUACUCCAGUGAUUCCUCACAGCUGACUUCCUCUGACACUGGUGAUUUCCAGUCUCCUCCCCCUACAGGGGGAUCAUCUUCUGCUUUUGGCUCAGACUUCUCAUUGCCCAUUGUUCAGCUGCCUCAGAAGGUGUUGCAAGAGUCGCAGCUCUUCAUCUGCUUCCCCCAGGGAGCCUCAACUCAGCAGGCCUUGUCCACCUCGCUUUCAUCAGGACCACCUGCAUCCUAUCCUCAGGUUACAGGAACCCAGGUGCAAGGACAGCCAGCUUCAAGCAAUGCAUCGAUGCCAUCCCAGCCUCCUCAACACACUCAGCAGAGUGCACAGCAGCCAGCCUCUUCCCAACAGCCUGGACAAUACCAGAUGCAGCAGCCCUCAGUUUCUGCCAGCACCACUCCUGCACAAACUGUCUCUCAAACUCAAACCUCACAGAUUAUGCCAAUGCCUCAAGCAGCAGCUGGGACACAGGGCUUCCCAUCUCGGAUGACACCGCAAUACCCAGGGGACUCGAACGUUGCACCUUCCUCUGCCGUGGCCUCUGCCAGCAUUCCCUCUGCUGUGCUGUCCCCACCCUUGCCCACAGACACAAUGGCCCAGUCAGGCUAUAUUGCUUCUGUUGUGCAGCCAUAUGGGGAACAGAAUGUUUUAGUUUCCAUGGGCAGCCUGGGAGGACAGGUUCAGGUGCCCCAGCCUCCUGUGAGUUUAGCACAACAGGCCUCAUCUGCCUCCUCCCAGCAGGCAGUUGUGGAGGGUACUCAGGGAGUCUCACAGACUGCUUCUUCAGAGACUCUUCCAGCAACACAGCCUGCUCAGUCUACCCCUUUGGCUUCUUCUAUGGAUAGUGCACAUUCUGAUGUUGCUUCGGGAUUGAGUGAUGGCAAUGAGAAUGUUCCAACUUCUAGUGGAAGGCACGAAGGGAGGACAACGAAGCGUCACAUGCGGAGGUCGGUCCGCAGUCGCUCUCGCCAUGAGAAGACUUCUAGGCCAAAACUGAGAAUUUUAAAUGUUUCAAACAAAGGUGAUCGGGUAGUGGAAUGCCAGCUAGAGACACACAAUCGAAAAAUGGUUACUUUCAAAUUUGAUUUGGAUGGUGAUAACCCUGAGGAAAUAGCUUCAAUUAUGGUGCAGAAUGAGUUUAUUUUAGCAACAGAACGAGACUCAUUUGUAGAACAGGUACGAGAGAUUAUUGAGAAAGCAGACGAAAUGCUAAGUGAGGAUGCAAGUGUGGAGCCAGAAGGGGAUCAGGGCUUGGAGAGUAUGCGGACAAAAGAUGAUGGCUUCUUUCCUGGGUCUCAGAAAUUAGAGUUCAAACAGCCAGAUCCUACAUCUUCCAUGCCACAAAGAAUAGGGAUUCCUUCUAGCUCCUUUACCCAGGUUGUUCAUUCUGCGGGAAGACGGUUCAUUGUCAGCCCCGUUCCUGAGAGCCGACUGAAAGAUCAGGGMUUUUUCACAUCUGCAGUUUCUGGAGGAAACGAAACUUCAGAUAUGGUUGCAGCAUCUCCAGUACAUGGUCCUGGAAUGAAUCUGUCCCACUCAGCAUCAUCACUGAGCUUGCAGCAAGCUUUCUCUGARAUGGGGCAUGCUCAGAUGGCAGAAGGACCUAGCACAGCUCCUCCAGUGUUCAAUCAAACAAUGCCACCAUUUCCACCUGCACUUUCCACCAUGGCGGGCAGUGGUGCAACUCCUGCAUCUGUGGCUACUUGUUCAGURUCUGUGUCCUCCAGUGCUGGUGUUUCUCUUCCAGGAUCUGUUACUUUGCCUUCAGAAAAUGCAGCUGUUGGAGUUGCUCCAAGCACGAGUGUGCCAAGCUCUAUUUCUCCACCUCCAGCCUCACAAUCUGGACAGCAAUCCACUGGUGUUGCUUCCAGUGUGAACGCCCCUGCUUCUGUCACCUUACCUGCCACAUCCCAGCCUGCUCAAGCAGUGACCGCAGACAUUGCCCCCAGUAUCAGCACACCAUCAUCURUGGCACUGCCAUCUACCCAGGUUCCUGGUGUCACUGCUUUUGGUGCUGUUGCACCAGCUGUGACGUCUCAGUCUACUCCUCAGAUCAUGAGUAGUAUGGCAGCACCACAGACAUCUGUUGCCCASUCUCUGGCUCACAGCGUGGCUUUGCAGCUUCCUCAGCUCAGCAGCAGUGGCUCCAUCUCCAGUCUGGCAGAAACAACAGUYGUAAGCGCUCCGCAGUCACUACCUGAGAGUGGGCAGUCCCUGGAUAAGUCACAUCCCUGCAGUGCAGCUGGCUUAUCUCUUCCGAUCUCUGCACCUUUGUCAUCCUCAGUAGCAUCAAGCAUAUGUGCUUCAGUCUCUCAGCCAGUGAUACAUCCUUUACUUGUCCCAUCAGGAAUUACAUCAGCACCUGUCCUACCCCAGAUUUCAGGUGCAACACCCAUAUUGCCCCAGGUUCCCUUACCUGGUGUCUUGCCACAACCAGUCACUAACUUGCCUGCAGUACAGCAGACUUUGAUACACAGCCAGCCUCAACCAGCUCCAUUGCCCAACCAACCUCAYGUUCACUGUCUGGAGGCUGAUGCUGAUGCUCAGUCUAAAGCCCCUGGUAUUGAUGAUAUCAAGACCCUGGAAGAAAAGCUGCGCUCUCUCUUCAGUGAACACGGAAACGUGGGAACGGCKCAUCCUGCAGUGUCUCUGGAGACCUCGCUGGUCAUGGAAACCACAGUUGUUCCUGGGAUACCAACCACUGCUGUUGCACCAAGCAAACCCCUGACAUCCAUUAGCACUUGUAUACCUCCAAGCAGUUUGCCUCUUGGACCAACUGGCUUGCCAGUGCUGACUCCAGUUGCCACUCCUGGGCAAGUGAUCACCCCAGUCAGCUACAUUUCRGCCUCGAGCAGCAUCGUCACAGCCGCAGUGAAACCGGGGACCUCUCCUUCAAAGCCCCCUCUUAGCAGGGUACCGGUGCUACCAAUAGGUUCUGACCUUCCGGCUGGCACUCCAUCCAGUGAGCAGCUGCCACCUUUUCCAGGACCUUCACUAACUCAGUCCCAACAGCCCCUGGAAGAUCUGGAUGCUCAGCUGAGAAGAACYCUUAGUCCAGAGACUGUCCCAGUGACAUCUGCUCCUGCCUGUUCUGUGCCCUCAGUAGCAUCAACAACGGUUACUGGGCCAGUGUCCACAGCAACRCAGUCUCUGAAGGAUGCUUUGGCAUCAGGUGAUGGAGAGAGCAUUGCUGUGGCUACCACAGCMGGAGCCAGUGUGCUGAAGAUGGGACGAUUUCAGGUAUCUGUGGCAGUGGAUGAUGUGCUGAAAGAGGGUGACAAAACUGAAACGAAGCCAGUGCAAUUUGAAACCACCUCCAGUGAUUCUUCAAGUCUUUCUGGCAGUAGCCCAGAGAGCACACUGGUAAAGCAGGCUGAGAGUCGGAAAAGCGGGGCUGUGGCUGACGCUGCCUUGGAUGUGGUGAAUGGCAUUUCCCAGGCAGCUCCCGCGCUGCAGCUGCCGGGAGAUGCUGCUCAGGCCACCAAGGUCGGGCGCUUCCAGGUGACGACAACGGCGGAUCAAGUGGGGCGCUUCUCCGUGUCAAAGGCUCAGGAUGAGGUCAGCUGUGCCGAGAAAGAGCCAAUGACUCUUCCUCUCUCUGUGGGCUUGGAACAAGUUGCUUCUUCAGCUGCRGCUCCGAAGAAGGAGUUGGAGUCAAGUCAGUCCCCGCACAUGAACGGUCCAUCCUCUGAUCCGGAGGCUGCCUUUCUCAGGGGGAUGGCUAAGGAUUUGGAUGAUGGCUCAGGGAGCCCAGACUCUGUCCAGCACCUGGGAUCCAAGAUCAGCCUCCCUGUUCAGAGCCUUAGCAACUCCUUCAACUCUUCCUACAUGAGCAGUGACAAUGAGUCGGAUAUUGAAGAUGAAGAUUUGAAAUUGGAACUCCGUCGGUUACGGGAGAAGCACCUUAAAGAGAUCCAGGAGCURCAGAGUCGCCAGAAGCAGGAGAUUGAGUCACUCUACAUGAAAUUGGGAAAGGCCCCACCUGCAGUAAUUAUUCCCCCAGCUGCACCCCUUUCAGGAAGAAGGAGACGACCCACAAAAGGAAAAAGCAGCAAGUCCAGUCGUAGCAGCUCCCAGGGACAUAAAAGCCCUCAGCUAUCAGGCAACCUGUCAGCUCAAAGCGCACCAUCAGUCUUGCCCCCUCAGCAGACCCUUCAUCCUCCUGGCAGUGUGCCAGAGACUGGGCAGAACCAUUUGUUACAGCCCCUCAAACCUUCACCUUCCAGUGAAAAUCUCUACUCUGCCUUCACCAGUGAUGGUGCCCUCUCGGUACCGAGCCUUUCGGCACCGGGCCAAGGGACCAGCAGCACCAACACAGUGGGGGCUGCAGUGAACAGCCAGGCUCCCCAGACUCAGCCCACUGCCAUUGCCUCGAGCCGCAAAGGGACUUUCACGGAYGACCUGCACAAGCUGGUGGAUAACUGGGCCCGGGAUGCCAUGAACCUGUCUGGAAAGAAAGUUGGCAAAGGGCACAGCAGCUAUGAGGGUCCUGGAAUGGCAAGAAAAUUCUCGGCACCAGGUCAGCUCUGUAUCUCUAUGACAUCUUCCCUGGGUGCUACGCCCAUCCCUGCAGCAUCAGCUACCUCUUUAGGUCCCUUCAGCAAGGCCAUGUGCCCUCCGCAGCAGUACGGUUACCCAGCAGCGUCCUUCCCUCCGCCCUGGAGCGGGCCUGGGGGCGCAGCACAGCCACAGCUCGGCCAGUUCCAGCCUGUAGGUGCCACAUCUUUGCAAAGCUUCAACAUCAGCAAUUUGCAAAAGUCUGUCAGCAACCCUCCAGGCUCCAACCUGCGGACCACUUAGCCGUGCUCGGGGACCCUGCUGGCUACACCUCGGGACAGGGCAUGGGGAGGGAGACGGGGCCCUGUAUCAAUGACUAGUGCUGCAAUGAACUGGUAGCUUGCCAGAUUGGGAAUGAAUUUAUCUUUUCCAACCAUUGCUGUCAACUCUGUAGCGGGAGUUUCCCCACACACUCGGAAGGGGGAGGAGGAUGAUCAGCAUCCUUGUGAUGGGACAGUGCUUUCCAGCGAGGGGGGCUGCUCUUGUGUGSAACGAGAGCUGUGAAGAGAAGUCAUGGGGUCAGUUCACACAGUCUUGCUGUAAAAUUUUUCUGGUUCGAGGCUGAAUCCACACGUGUGGAGGUGGGAGAGCUGAACCCUAGCAUGAGGCUUUAGCACGCUUCUCGCCUCUUCUGAAGAACCAAGAUCAGGAAGGAAGCUGUCCAAAUCCCCCUCCUCUCCCUCUCCCCAGUCAAUCGUAUCUGGCUCUGAAACGAUGGGGCACACGAAUGGACUUGCAGUGCAGCCCGUGCUUGAUAGGUCAUUACUGCUUUAAGUAAGAUAUUAACAGCUUUGACUGCAGCAUUAGAGCAAUUUAAAUUGUUUAAAAAAAAAUUUAAAAGUUCCCUGCGGACAUGUACUUACCAUCAGUUUUGAUGUGGAAACACUGUGAUAUAUAAAUGUUGUUGGACAACAGUAGUUUAAAAAUGAGUGGAAUAUAGAGGGUUAAAAAAGUUAAAAAGAAAAAAUGGGAAAAAAAGCUAGCUAUAUCCUUAUACUUAUUGGAGACACUUUAACUUUUUCCUUUGUAUUUUCAUUGUAUUAGAUAAAUAAAUGUGAAUGUAAAAUUGUAUAAAUUAAUGUACUUGAAUACUUGUCUGUUCUCCCAGUAUGCUUGCUGGAUAUUUUAGUGCCUUGGACUUCUCUUGCUUCUGCAGUUUAGCGUCAUCUUCCYAGCAGAGCCCAGGUGGACAGAGGGCAAGUUGAGGGAAGGAUGUUUCUGCCCAAUGCCCGGGACAUUCCGGGCUCCUUGUUUGGAGCAGAGUGUGGAGGGGAAGUCACCAAGGCCACGGGUCAGAACAGCGUUCUGUGUGUGGGGAAACUUGUCCAGGCGGGCAGAGCUGAAGGUGUGGUGUGACAGGGGCCAGGUGGGGUGGGACGGAGGGAUGCAGGUGAAGCUAAAAYGAGACUUUACCAUUAUUGGCUGUGGAGGCAGGAGGGCUGGAUCAGAAACAGAGAGAGGAUGGGGAGAACGUGUAUCUUUGGGAAAGGCCCAACUUAAGAUGCAGUUUGACUACCCCUGCRAAGUGGUAAAGAUGUUCGGUCAGGAUGUGACUUGAGGGAGAGGUGCCAUUGCUCGUUGGCAUGGGCUUGUCUGCUGGGAUUGCUUUUCUUACCUUUUUUUUGAAGCCAGGAACAGACUGUCCUGGUGCAACGUCCAUUGCCGGCAAUGGAUGUACUUGAAACAGCCGGCAUCAAGAAGUUUCCUCUGUCUUACUUGGAGGAUUUACAAUUUUGUUCACUCUUAACAAAUUUCAAGCUGGUACCAGGACUGUCACUAUCUGUCACUUGUCACCUCUUAGUACCUGUACUGUGUCUUCUGCUUUGGUCAUUCUCCCUUUUCAUAUUUAAGAAAUACUGGUUCCCUCUUCAAAGUCAAAAUAAUACCAGCCAGUAUUUAUGUAGUGCUGCAGAAAGCUGUGAAGGAUGAGAGUGCAGCUUCCUGGUGCUUGGGAGCAGCUCACCAGUGUCUUGGAAGCUGGUGCAUCACAGGGAYGUUACUUGCCCAUGUUUGUUUUUAUCUCGGAGCGCUGUGCCUUGCUGGGGCCUUAAUAAGGAGUUUUUGUGUCUGCAGAUGUUCUCACUCUUUUAUUUUCACAAAGAAACGUGUGAGAUGCUUUCCAUUCCUGUCACUUGUUGUGCAGCAGUUCUGGCAGCAGGGCAGGCCCAGGCUGGAGAGGGCAGGAGCUGGUGGAGGCGGCUCCGGGCCCGCAGGCUGGGGUGGUUCUGUGGGACAGCUGCAGGCUGGAGAUCCGGAGGGACAGGGGAGGCUCCAGGGGGAAGCAGGAGAGGARAGGARCGGGCCCAGGGCUGAGGGCAGAYGGGAACCUCUGAAAGGAUGRAUGGAUGGAUGCAGGGGAGUCAGGAGUGGAGACAGACCUGAGGCAGUAAUGAGGCAAGGGGAAUAUUCAUGGCAGAGGAACUGGUCAGCUGGAUGCAGCACAUGGUUAUUUAAAUUUGAUCUGAUAAGUUUGAGGUCGUUUUUUCUCUUAAUGUUAUGCAAGAACUGGUUUUAUUUACCAUUGAUUUUUUUUUUCUCCCUCCCUCUCCUCCUGUGGAUGAAUAACUGAAGUCUAGAGGAAUAAACUAAUGCUACUGAACUGUUAAAUUAUUUUGUUUAAUAUUACACUUUGAGUAUCUUUUUCCACAUAAAAUCUGUUUCUGAAUUACAAGCGUUUUCUUUACAUUAUUUAACAAUGUACACUGUAAAAAAACAAAAAUAAAAAAAAAUUAAUUGAAACUUUGGGCUUCCCUGGCCGUAGUUAAUUGUAUGUUUUGCACUGAACCCUUCUUGUAUGACUGCGCCCCGUGCUGCAGUUUGUUACCUUUGUAGAAUAUUGAAUGAUGUCAUUCAA